AUGUCUUGGCUGGGCCUCCCGGAGGGCUUGCUGGGAGUUCUGGACCGCUGGGGGGUGCCCGCGCUGCAGGCCUGGGUCGCGCGCUGCCCGGCGACCGACAUCCCGCCCUGCCCCGCGUGCCCGGCCUGCCCGCCGUACCCUGCGGCGACCGUGGGCGCCACCGCGAGCGCGGUGGCCUUCGCCUGCUUGGCCGCAGGCCUCGCCGGGGCCUCGUUCGGCGACGUGGGCGCGAUCGCGGCGCUGCGCCUUCGGGGGCCGCUCCGCUUCACGGCCGAGUCGCGGGGCCAGGGCACGGCGCCUGCUGGAGGGGUUCCCUCGCGCCUGGCGUUGGCGGCUGCCGCUGAUGGCGGAGGCGUGGGCCUGGGUGUUGUACAACGUGGCAGGCGCGCCGCUCUUCCACCAGAGGAGGGUGGUGGGGUCAUCAUCGUCACGCCUGACGACAUGGUCUACGCGGAACGGCUGUUGGCUGCUGGGCCCGACAUCGCCGCGGGGCGCUUCUCGGCGGUGAGGUGGCCGCCCCCUCCUGGGAUCGCUCCCGAGGCGACCUACAGGUUCGGGAGGGCGCCCUCGGCGGAGCGCAAGGCUGCCUGGCUCGCCGCGGCCACCGCCGAGGCGGACUCCGAGUUCGCGCGGCGCCACCCUGGAGCUCCGCUGCCUGCUGGUGGUGCGCUCAUCUCGAUGAGCGGUGGGCUGCUGCCUGGAGCGCCCGCGCCCGCGGCGGCGGUGCCAGCCGCCGUGCCGGCGCCCGCGGGCUGGGCGUGGGUGGUGGCUGAUGACGUCGUCUCGUUCAGCUUCGGGACGGUGGUGCAGGUCGGCCCGAUCCCUGGCAUCGUGCUGGCGGCGAGGGCUGGCAGGCGCGGCAUCGUUACGCUGGGCGCUGGCGUGUCGGCGGUGGCCUUUAUCUUCGAGGACUGGAGACGGGCCGACUUCGCGUCGAAGUGGCGCGGGUCCGCUCCUCGGACGACGGCUUGGCUUCCUGGCAGCGUGGGCCCGCGCAGCUGGCUCGCCGUCGCCGAGACCGCGAAGGAGGUGGUGGAUCCGCUCUUCGUGCUGCAGCCGCGCUCGGCCUCCUGGUGCGUGUCCUGGCUGCUGCGCGAGGGAGGGCCGAUCCAGCAUCGCGAGAGCUGGAAGGCGCGGAAGCGGCUCAGCACUUCGGACUACGGCGUCGCGGAGCACCACGCGUUGAGCACGGUGCUGGAGGACCUCGCGACGAUCGACGAGGUGAACGUGGCGAACCUCGUGGGCGUCGAGCGACUCCUGCGCAGGAUGCAGCUCAUCGAGCACUUCUUGGAGGAGAAGCAGCGCGAGCAGGGCGCAUCGCAGCAGAAGCUGGCGCAGGAGGAGAUCAGCGCCUUCAUGGGCGGGGCAGGGGCCUCCAGCCGCCCGUGCAGCACGGCCUGCCCCGCGCCCCUCGCCGCGGUGGGCAAGGAGCUCGAGCGCGUCAGUCAACUGAAGAAGAACGCUCACAAGCUUCGCGAAGAAGCGAAGGCCGCCCCCGGGGCCGAAGCCGGCGCGGUGGCGUGGGCGCGGAGCGGCAGCUGGACAUCUUUCCGCUGUCAGUGCCUGCUGCCGCUGACCCCGGCGGACUGGCUGCUGGGCAGGGAGCUCCAGGCUGCUCUGUCCUACGACGGCGCCCUGUCGACCAGGGCGGAGGUGAUGGGCGUCUCCCGGCCCUCGCUGCCGCCUCCCUGUAACUGUCCUGUCGCGCUGGGGCGGCUUCUGGAGUCCGAGGUGUUUGAUUCCGUCUAUCGUGAUAUUUCGGUUAAGGUCUUGCCAAAGACCGAAGUUUUGCAGUUGAAAAGAGAUGCUGGCUUCGGGGGGCCCUGCGUGGGUCCGAUUCUUCGAGACCGUCAUCAUUACGCCGCGCUGGUGCUUCGUUUGCUGGAGGCAGGCGUGAUCGAUCUCGUCGGCGACCCCAUCGAGGUGAUGUACGAGGUGGGUCUCUUCAGCGUGCCCGGGAAGAGUGGGCGGCGGCGACUCGACGUGGGCGCGCCGCCCGCCAACUUCUUGUUCAGCGACCCCGCGGACGUGCAUCUGGCCACGGAGGCGGCGCUGGCGGCGAUCGAGCUGCCCGAUGGCGCGAGCCUGUGGGCGGCCUCUGCAGACGUCGCGGACGCCUUCUACAACGUGGAGCUUCCGCACGCUUGGCGGCCUUACUUCGCGCUGCUGUGGCCGCGUCUUGCGGUGUUGCCCAUGGGAUGGACCCGCGCGCUGGCCGUCUGUCAGCGGGUGUCGGAGUCGGCUGCUGAUCGGGCGGGGCUGGCGUCGGCGGCGAGGGUGGUGGACCGCCAGAUCUGCCCGGGCUUGGCUGGCGGUGCUCACCUCGAGUACGUCGACAAGUUCGCCUCGCUCUCGCUGGAUCGCGACACCGCCGAGCAGAUGGAGAACGACAUGGUCGCGACGCUGCGCGAGAGCGGGGCGUGGCGCCUGAUCCUCGCCACGCGGGCCCUCCUGGACAUGCCGAAGGUCUCGGCGCAGCAGGAGAGGCCGCUGCUAUCCAUCUUCUCUGCUGUCUACCGCUUCGCCGCCAAGGCGGGCGAGGCGCCGCGGCAGUGGUGGCCCAGCAUGUGGCGGGAGCUGGCGUGGGCCAUGGGCGUCGUGCCGCUGGCCUUGGCGGACCUGCGCGCCGAGUGGCCGGGGCGAGUCCCGUGCGCGGAUGCCUCCGAGAGGGGCCGAGGGUGUUUGUGUGCGCGAGAGUUUGACGCAAGCAUUGUCCAGAGGCUUGGUCGUGUUCAGGAACGCUGGCGCUUUCGCGACCCCGAUGCGAAGGCCCCUCGGGGGCAGCUCAUGAUGCUUUUGGAGCCCAACGAGAGCCUCAUCGACACCGAGCCGCCGUCGAGGCCGAUUGACUUCGGUAGCUCGCAGGCUCCCGCAGAGCCCUUCGACAUCGUGAGGAUGGCCCGCAUCUGCCGUCGGUGGGCCGCCAUUGCCGUUGCGGGCGGCAUCGGCGCGGCACUGCGCUGGAUGCCGUCGGAGGCGAAUCCAGUGGACCUGCCGUCGCGCCGGGCCCUUCGUAUAGGGGCGCGGCUUCAGUGGGAUGCAGUCGCCAGUCUGGCCGCGCAGGAGCCCCGCUCUCCCGGCGGCGACGGCGCGAGGCCGACGCGGAGCCGCCGUGGCGCGGGCCCUCGCCUGAAGGCGAAGGCAGCCGAGGCAGCGGCCAGGCGCGCGGGCAGGGCAGCGGCAAGGGCGCCUGAGGCCGCCUCCCUGCGGGCUUCUGCGGGCCACGCGCUGAGAGCCCUCUCCGUGACGGUCGCCGCGAGGGCGAAGUACCUGCACCAGUGGGAGGAGUUCGCGCUUUGGCUGGCGACCGCGUCGGUUGCGCUGCGUGCCGAGACGGCCGACGACCCGCUGGCGCAGUGGAUGGGCCAACAGUAUGCCGAAGGCUGGAACCCCGAGCGGGGCGCGCGCAUGCUGGCGACGCUGAAGUUCAUGAUGCCGCAGUUCGCUCGCAGGGGGCUGGGGCUGCCGAAGGCGCUGCAGUCUCUGCGCGGCUGGAGGAGACGGGUGCCUGCGCGUGCCGGGCUCCCGCUGCCCUGGGAGGUCGUGGCCCUCGUCGCGGCGAGGCUGAUCGACGUGGGCCAGACGCGCGCGGCGAUCUACGUGUUGGUGACCUUCGCGGGCUACCUGCGCCCGCCCGAGGCUCUCAGGGCGCUGGGGUCACGCCUGAUCCCGCCGGCGCCCGGCGGAGCCUGCGGGGGCUGGUCGCUGGUUCUUCGCCCGCGGGAGCUGGCGGUGCCGAGCAAGACGCAAGUCCGCGACGAGGUCAGCGCCCUGUUCAAGCAGGCGGCGAUCGACGCUGGCGUGGAGGUGCUGGUUUUGCAGCUGUGCCAGCUCAGGCACUCGGGCCCGUCCGUCGAGCUGGCCCUCGCGCUGCGGGCCCCGGCCAGCGCGAAGCUGCGAGGGCGCCGGAGGUCCGGCUCCUCGGUCGCCAGGUACCUCGAGCCAGGCCGCGUAAACGAGCAGAUGCAGAGGGUGCGCCCCGCGGUGCAGCGCGCGGCCCUGCUGGUCUUCUCGGGCGAAGGUAUCUUGGCGGCCGCCCUGCGACGUGAGGGCGCAUUAGUGAUCGAGUGGGGCAUCGCCUGGGGGCCCGACUGGGAUCUCACCGUUCCCAAGGUGGCGAGGCUGCUGCGAGGGUGGCUGGAUGCUGGUCUGAUCUGGGGCAUGCGCUUCGGCGUCCCGUGCCAGACCUGGACGAGGAUCAAGGGCGCGGGGCCGCUGAGACCUCCAGGUGAAGCGGGCUUGUGGCCGAGUCGCCUGAGGUCCGACGCGGAGAUCCGGGGUCUGGCCGCAGUGACCCAUCCAGAAGAUAGGGCUCAUAUUGAUAUGGCCAACAAGCUUGUGACAUUUUGCGAGGGGCUCUGGGCUAGUUGUAGGCGCGUGCAUAUCCCGUUCGCUAUUGAGAAUCCAGCUAUGUCGCGUCUCUGGCUCGUUCCAUCGCUCCGGCGUCUUCGAACGCAGCCACGCGUGUUUUGGGCGGCCUCGCACUAUUGCCAUGGCGGAACUCCUUGGAAGAAGCCGACAGGGCUUUUGGGAUUCCGCGUAGAUGUGUCAGAGCUUGCUUGCCAGUGUUUGGGCUCGCGAACUUGA